GACGUCACCGUUAAAGCGAAAAGAACCGUUACUCGGUUGCCGAAACUCUACAACUGCACUGGAAGGAGGAUAUGGCUGAAUCCCAGCGUACUCUUGAUUAAAUCCCGUGCGCGGCAAGUUUUCAGUCUAAUGUUAAUGGUGAUGCUCUAAAAGCAGCAAAACUGACUACAGAGGUACUUUUGGGGGGCGUUUCGCUGCCCGUUUGGAUCGGGAUGUUCUCCAACUGUGGGGUACCUGCCUGACUGUUGAGUGCAUCCAGUGUGUGCUGCUCGCUCAGCUGUAGGACACAGAUUGCCUAGGAGGACAGGGGGAUAACCUUUCAGAAUCUUCUGGAUUUUUUCUUGCAUGAGAGUGAUCACUGUGUGUGUGCAUGUGUGUACACUGUGGGGUAGCAACAGUAGGAUGAGCUGCCCCAGAGCCAUCGCAGUCUGUGGGGACUGACACACACACCGCUACAAAUACGGCAGUCGAUGCAGUCUUCCAGAGGCUCUCCCUCUCUGUGGCUGAAAAACCAGCAGCAGCAGCAGCAGCAUGUCCCGCGUCUCCUCCACCGCAAAGCGCUACGCUGGCCCCUCCUACACCAGCCACUACAGCUCCUACAGCUCCUCCCUGACCCCAGGCCUUAGCACCUACAGCGAGCGGGACAGGCUGUCCUCCUACAAGUCCCCCACCCCUUCUUCCUCCUCCACCUCCUCCUCAGGUUACUUGUCCUCCAGCUAUCUGAGCAGCUCCGCCGUCCGCAGCCGCAACUACAGCACCUCCUCAGACCCCGACCGCGACCGGGGUCGAACCAUCCCACGCACCGACAUCCUCGGAAGCAGCAGCAGCCGCCGGAGCGAGAGCCUCAGCAGAACUCCCGUCAAGAGCUAUGGAGGGUCAGGGCUAAGUGGGGGGUCAGCCUACACCGGCUACAGUUCCUACACUUCAUCCCCAGCCCAGUCCAGCUACCUCUCCUCUUCACCGGUGGCCUCCAGCAUCUCACUCAACCGACGGAAAUCUGUAUCCCAGAGUGACUUGAGCAGGGACCUGGCCUCUCUGAGCCUCAAUGAUGCCUCUUCCUCUUCAACCCCUUCUUCAUCCACCAGUGCCCUGCGGAGCUACCGCAGUCGGACCAGUGACGUGGCUGACUCUUAUGGCAGUAGCUCCCGACCAGGUUACUCAGGCCUGUUACGAAGCUCUACUCAGGAGGCCCUCUCACGGAGCUCCACCCAGGAGGCCUUCAGCAGCAGCAGCAGCAGCAGAACAUUCAGCUCUUCAGCAUGGGAGCCAAGCAGUAAUGGGCUCUCUGACUCCCCAAAAAGGGACUCCAUGAAUUCAAAGAGCGCCCAAGGCCUGGUGGGACUGAAGAACUUAGGAAACACUUGUUUCAUGAACAGUAUCCUGCAGUGUCUCAGCAACACACAAAGCCUGCGAGACUACUGCCUGCACAACUCCCACCGCAGAGACCUUAACAACAACAGCCGCACCAACACAGCCCUCAUGGAAGAAUUUGCCAAGCUGAUACAGACCAUGUGGACAUCAUCCAGCAGUGAGGCUGUCAGCCCGUCCGAAUUCAAAACACAGAUCCAGAGAUAUGCUCCCAGAUUUGUGGGAUACAACCAACAGGACGCUCAGGAGUUCCUGCGCUUCCUUCUGGACGGCCUGCACAACGAGGUCAACAGGGUCACUGUGAGGCCGAGAGGCACUGUGGAGGACUUUGACCACCUACCAGACGAGGAGAAAGGGAAGAAGAUGUGGAGUAAAUACCUAGAGAGAGAAGACAGCAAGAUCGUAGACCUGUUUGUGGGGCAGCUGAAGAGCUCUUUGACCUGCAGCCACUGUGGUUUCUGCUCCACCGUCUUCGACCCCUUCUGGGAUCUCUCUCUACCCAUCGCCAAGAAGGGCUAUGGUGAGGUGAGUCUGAUGGACUGCAUGCGGCUCUUCACCAAAGAAGACGUCCUUGAUGGGGACGAAAAGCCGACGUGCUACAGAUGUAAAGCCAGGAGGAGAUGCACUAAAAAGUUCACAAUACAGAAGUUUCCCAAGAUUUUAGUGCUGCACCUGAAACGCUUCUCUGAGGCACGAAGAACCAGCAAACUGUCCACAUUUGUUAACUUCCCCAUGAAGGAUCUUGACCUGCGGGAGUUUGCUUCUGAAAACAGCAUAAAUGCAGUGUACAACCUGUAUGCAGUGUCCAACCACUCAGGCACCACUAUGGGCGGUCACUACACAGCCUACUGUCGCAAUCCCAGCUCGGGAGAAUGGUACACCUUCAAUGACUCCAGAGUAACGCCAAUGUCCUCCAGCCAAGUGCGCAGCAGCGACGCCUACGUCUUGUUCUACGAGCUGGCUUCCUCCUCGCGGAUGUGAAGCGUCAUGGAGGACGACAGGCCUCAGCACCACUCUGACUCACAGACAAACACUGGACGGGAGGAUAGAGGGAUGGCACGUGAGGGUGUUGUUGGAGCCUGGCCUGUUCUGAAACUUUACUUGGACAUACAUUAUAUGGCUCUCACACACACACUCACACGAAAAUGCACACACACACACACACGUCGCUCUGCAGAGAGAGCUGGAUGGGGAACAGGCUGGAAACCACAGGAACCUGAUUUUUUUUCCUCUGUACUCCCACAUCUUGCUCACUGUGGGUGGAGGUGUGUUUUUGCUUUGUGUGUGUGCGUGUUUGUGUGUGUUUGUGUGUGUGUGAGGUUGACACAGGGCAAUAAUCCCAUCUGACUGAACCAACCAGGUGAAUCCGUCUCCAUCUCAGAGGUCCCUCUCUAUGCACUGCGAACCGAACUCUCGUCUUGACCGCGCCUUCGCUUCUUCUUCUUCUCUUCUUGAUCUUCUUGUUUGCCUCAAACCAUUAAAACUGACACGAUGCAGUCCGUUUUCUUUUUUCACAUUUUUCUGCUUUAAAAUCAUGUCGGGGUUUUUUGUUGUUGUUUUUCGGGGCAGGGGGUUAGCAGAGCCCCAUGAGCACCAUCACCGCUCUGUGGACUUUGGAUGUACUGUGCUUCAGGUCAUGGUAACGAGAAGCUUACAGCCCACCGGCCUGCUUGGUUUUCUCUGCGUUCCCUUCCACUGCGCUGCAACACUCCCAGGUCUCUGUUAGCAUCUCCUUCACUCUCUUGUUUUUCUCUAAAAGUGGUCGGGGGGGCCGGUGGCACUGUGAGCGUUAAAUGUUUCAGAGGAAAACUCAGCCUCUAACUUGUGUUUUAUUUAAUUUGUUUCUCCCACGUGUGGCUGCUACUGAUGUUUUAAAAGUGCUGUGAACAGAUGAGUGGACAGUCCUCUGCGGAUCUGCUAAGGAUUAAUAAUAUAAACAAUAAUGGUAAUUAUCCUCAUUGUCAGUAUGGGGUCUUUUCUUCCUCUCUUGUUUCAUGCCAUUGAACAACACGGAAAGAAUGUUUUAAAGAAAAAAAAAACACUAUAUCUGUAUAUUUUUAUAUCCUGAUGCAAUAUAGAGAAUGUACUAUUCAAUGGUGCUGAAAAUGACCCGUAACUGUUUUCAGUUGGUUUAUUUACCAGGUUUCAAGAGAGAAAAAAAAGUCAUUAUUUAUGCUUACAGGUGAUUACGUGAAGAGUCACACUUUUUAACGGUGGCAGUCGAACACAUGAGUAUAUAUAUAUGAAUAAAAGUCAGCGCAACACUGCUUUUACUU